GACUAGUCUAAUCCAUGUCUGGGAAACCACCCCUAUAUGUAUUAUAAAUAUAUUGACAUUUUAAAUAAUCAUUGAGUCUGUAUAUAAACUUUACACACACCAAACACAUCUCACAGAUCCACAUUUACAUCAGCUCCAUAAGUAAGAGGAAAUGUGGGAGGGGCUAUGGCAUCAUCAGUGAGUGACAGCUUUGAGUGAAAAUGAAACUAAACUGACGAUCUACAAGCUGCAAGAUUUUAGACUCUUCAACGCUUCAACAAAGAAAAUAUUUGAGACUUCUAAAGCCGUACAGGAACACAUCUGAUUCUCAUUCACAGAUUUAAAGAGAAGACAAACAAUGGAAGAAUCCCAACCAACAACACCAAAACCAAGAUGGACCAUAAGAAAGAGUAUAGAGAUACCUCCAAAGCUUCAGUGUGAUGUGUGUCUGGAUGUGUUCAGUGAUCCAGUCAUCACUCCAUGUGGACACAACUUCUGCAGGAUCUGUCUGAAACAGUGCUGGGACAACAGUCAGAUCUACAGCUGUCCAUACUGUAAAAAAACAUUCAGUAAAAGACCAGAACUCAAGAUCAACACAACACUUAGACACCUAACGCUAAUCUUUAAAGAACAGUUAAGUCUGAGAAGAUCUGAAGUCCCCUGUGACAUCUGUGAUGAAAGAAAAGCUUUGAAGUCCUGCCUGAUGUGUCAGACAUCUUACUGUGAAACUCAUCUGGAGCCUCACCGGAGAGUCCUAAACUUAAAGAAACACAAACUGCUGGAUCCUGUGGAGAAUAUAAAGGACUAUAUAUGUGAGAAACAUGAGAGACCUCUGGAGCUCUUCUGUAGAGAUGAUCAGACAUGUGUUUGUGUGUUUUGUACUGAUGGAGAUCACAAGAAUCACAACACUGUUCCUCUAGAGGAGGAGAGUAAAGAGAAGAAGACUCAACUGAUGAAGACACAGCCAGACAUUCAGCAGAUGAUCCAGAAGAGAAUCAAUAAGAUUCAAGACAUCAAACACUCAGCAGAACUCAGAACAAGAAACAGAGAGCAGGAGAAAGCAGCGAGUGUUGAGCUCUUCAGUGAUCUGAUCAGAUCCAUUGAGAGAUGUCAGACUGAGCUGCUGGAGAUGAUGGAGGAGGAACAGAAAGCAGAAGAGAAACAGGAUGAAGAUCUCAUUAAGGAUCUGGAGCAGGAGAUCACUGAGCUGAAGCUGAGAGACAGUGAGCUUCUGGAGAAGAUCACACACAGUGAAGAUCAUCUUCAUCUCAUACAGAUUUACUCAUCAUUCCUGUACAUACCUCCAGACAUGAAGAACUGGUCUGAGAUCAGUAUGAAGACUCAUGUGAGUGUGGAGACUCUGAGGAGAGCUCUGACUCAACUACAGGAGACUCUCAAUGAAAAAUUAAUUCAGACUGAGUUGAUUGAGAAGCAGCAGUAUGCAGUGGAUGUGACUCUGGAUCCUGAUACAGCUCAUCCAAAUCUCAUUCUGUCUGAAGAUAGAAAACAAGUGAAACAUGGAGACAUUAAACAUAAACUCCCAGAUAAUCCAGAGAGAUUUGAUCCAUGUGCCAAUGUCCUGGGAAAAGAGGGAUUUACCUCAGGGAGAUUUUAUUUUGAGGUUCAAGUGAAUGACAAAACUAACUGGGUUUUAGGAGUUGCCAGAGAAUCUAUUGACAGAAAAGGAACGAUCAGAAUGUCUCCGUUGAAUGGAUUCUGGACGGUGGCUCUGUGGAAUGAGAAGGAUUAUAAAGCCUGUACUGAUUGGUCUGUCUCUCUGUGUCUGAAAGUGAAACCACAGAAGGUCGGGGUGUUUGUGGAUUAUGAGGAGGGUUUGGUUUGUUUUUAUGAUGUAGGGUCCAGGUCUCAUAUCUACUCUUAUACUGCUCAAACUUUCACUGAGAAACUCUUUCCAUUAUUCAGUCCAUGUCCUAAUGAUAAAGGUAAAAAUUCAGCUCCUAUGAUCAUCUCACCUGUUCAUUACAACAAAUGAAUUUAUAUCCAGAAUAUAAAAUACUGAAUGAAACUACAGCUAAAUAAACAACUCUGUUCAUUGUCUAUUUAGUAGAGUUCAAUGUUGACUGGUUCAUGUGGUCAGACUUGCUAUGAUAGCUGAACAUUUCAAUGUAGGUUUUAUCAUUUUCAGAAAUUAAGAUAAGUAUUACUUUUGCUCGUACAGUAUUUUUGGUUGGCUCAUACUUUCACGUUUGCUUUGUGGAGGAUAAAACAAGUGGAACAUACACCCAGAAAAUACAAACUUCUGCAUAUAGCAAAGCAUGCAAACUGGAGUGUAUGUGAAUGUAUACUGUAUGCUUAUAUCAUGAUGGUUUACAAGUAAAUGUUUGUGAGAUGUGAAUGUGUUUACACACAGAGGACUCUCUUGUGCAUCAUGAUAUUGUGCAUAUUGUACGUUUAUGGUAUUAACAAGUAUUGUCCUGCUGUACAUUUACUGUACUUUACAGUCAUGGAAGAAAUGUUCUUCUUUAACACUGUGAUGAAGACUUGAAGCGUUGAUGUAUACAUGUUAUUGUUUUUCUUGUAAUAAAAAUCAAUCUGAGCCUUAAGUCCACACUGGUG